AUGAUCACCAACAUCGGAUACAAAAGCUAUAUCGUCUUUGCAGUCAUCAACUUCGUCACGAUUCCAGUGGUGUAUUUCUGUUUCCCGGAGACCAGCAAGUUGCCGUUGGAGGCUGUUGAUCUGUUGUUUGCUAACCGCGACGGACAGAGGCCUGGUAUAUGGAGGGUGGUAAAGGACUCGACAGACCCGGCAUUCAUGGAAAACAUCAAGAAGGAAUUGGCCGAAAGAGCCGAAGCCAGAACGAUAAACGAGAAGAUUGUUGAUGCGGCAAAGCAGGAAAAGGCGGUUGAGCUCGAGAACGUGUCUGUCUGA